AUGAGGGAACCUCUCUGGAUUUUUCAGAAACGCUUCGUCAGCCGCCAGAUUCCUUUACCUAUUGCAAAAAUGUAUAUAUACUUCCUCCUGGUUGGCCUAGAUUAUCUUCACUCAGAGUGCAAAGUUGUUCACGCAGAUCUAAAACUAGAUAAUAUUCUUAUGAGCUUUGAGAGUGAAGAGAUUCUUGGUACCUUCAUCAAUCAAAAGCAUCAGAUGGAAUAUAAAACUGAUGAAAAGAGUGGUCGAACUACCUACCGAUGCAACAAUGACUUUGGUCCCCUUAACAUGAAAAAAUUUACGAGCCUGAUUCCCAAGAUCACGGAUUUUGGUCUGUCUGCGAGACUGGAUGAAUUGGAUACACGAAAUGACUUGGUAGGUGGCCAAUUAUAUUCUUAUCCAAUUCAACCGGAUUAUUACCGCGCACCUGAGGUGAUCCUCGGCUGUGGUUGGGAUGCAAAAGCAGAUAUUUGGAACUUUGGUGUACUGUUGUGGAACAUCCUCGGUGGCAAGGAGCUGUUCCAGCAAGUCCAUGACAAGAAUGGCCUGUACGAUGCAAAAUUACACCUUGGGGAAAUGAUUGCUCUACUUGGUACACCCCCCACGGCAUUAAUUGCGAGAUCAGAGGCCAUGUCUAGAUGUAACUGGCCUGAACAUCUCACAAACACAACCGGUAAACUCUGCAAUAAUCCUCAAGAAUUUUUCGGCGGCCCCUUUUUUAACUCGGAAGGUGAAUUUUUCUAUAAUGAACUUAUCCCUUCCCGAAACUUAGAAAGCGGCAUCCAGUUUCUGGAGGACAGCGAGAAAGAAACAUUCUUGUCAUUUGUUAGCCAAAUGCUUGUCUGGCACCCAGACGAAAGGAAGACGGCCCGCGAACUGAUUGAACAUCCGUUUCUUAAACUAUCCAGUUAA